AUGAAAGGCAUUAAGAAAAGCCUUACAGAAGAAUAUCUGUACUUGGACUUUUCUCACCAAAAAGAAGGGUGCAUCUUUCCUCUUCAUACGUCUGUAACUUUAUUUUUGUUAUCAUACUGUGACUGCACAGUCUUUAAAGUUUACUUAGUCCUCCCUGGAGAAAGCACAAGUAUUUCACUACCUAAAAACGUACCAUCUGAGGGUGUUGAAAUACAGAUUAUUUCAAGGCAAGAGCUUCCACCAAUAGUCCAGGGUUGCCGUUUACCUGCAGUAGUAGAAAGACCAGACAAUUUCUGUAGAGCAGGACUUGCUGUCGUUCUGAGACACAUAAUCCAGAAGUCAUAUGAAGCAGACCCCUCAAAGAAGGAAAUUUUGGAACUUCUGGGUUUUAAGAAGACUUGCUUGAAAGCUUGUGCUGAAGUUAGUCAAUGGACCAGGCUAUGUGAACUUACCAUCCCUUUAGCUGUUGAGAAUUUUCUCAAAGAAGCUUUUGAUCAACCCCCAACUAUUCCUGCUGCAAUACUAGAGCUUGAGAAAAAGCUUAGUGAACCCGUUAGAGUGCAUAAUGAUGACAAACUCCGGCGUCAGAAGCUAAAGCAACAGAAGGCUGCCGGGGUUGGGCCUUCCCUUGCCAAGGAAAGAACGCAGAGCAAGGGUCAUAGGCAGGAAGUAUCUGAAGAGGGGGACUCCUCAUCUGCAAGCCUGGAACUGAGAGUGGCCUUCUCGAAGCUCACAAUACACAAGGAGCCCGCUUCUGCCAACAGAGAGCCUUCUCACGUCAGAAAAGCAAAAGCCUCUGACCUGCCUCCUCUGGACCACGUGUUCGCAGAAGGCCUGUACUUCACGUUGGCAGAUAUUGUGCUAUUGCCCUGUAUCCAUCAUUUUUUGGUAAUUAUCUGCAGGAAACUUUCUGGAAAGCUGGUAGAAUUCCCACUGCUGGCUGCCUGGUACCAGAGGAUUCAGGAAGUGCCAAGAGUGCAAAUAGCAGCUUCUCAGUGUGGGAUCCAAUUUCUCAGAUUACCAGAAUUACAGACCACCUCAAGUCAACAGCCCCCAAACUUAGAUGAGACCCCAUGUGCAGAGGAGCAAAAUGAUCCUUCGUUUAUUGGAGGACCAAGACCCACUAUGACUAAAUUAAUGGAAAAAGGCAUUGAAGUGAUGUUUUCUCCCCACCCCUGCCCUACUUGGACCCUUGAUUGGGAUAUACUUCCUGCAGCAGUGAGCCCAAAAGAAGGUAAAAUGUCCAGUGAUCGAGCUUUGAGGAAGCAGCAACAGUUGAACAACCUUGUUUAUAUGGUGACAAAUCAGGCCAAACCUGGUGACAGAAUUGUGGAUUUCUGUAGUGGUGGGGGCCAUGUUGGGAUUGUCCUAGCUCACCUGAUGCCAUCAUGCCAGGUUAUACUAAUAGAAAACAAGGAAUUAUCAUUAAUUCGUGCUAAGAAGAGAAGUGAUGAACUAGGUUUAAGCAACAUUUGGUUCAUUCAAGCAAAUAUGGAGUAUUUUACAGGGAUGUUUAAUAUUGGGGUGGCGUUGCAUGCGUGUGGAGUGGCAACAGACAUGGUGAUCGAGCACUGCCUCAAAACACGGGCUUCCUUUAUCACAUGCCCUUGCUGUUACGGUUUCAUUCAGAACACCUCCAAGUUUAAUUUUCCAAAAAGUGAACAAUUCAAGAAAAUAUUAUCAUACAAGGAACACAUGAUUCUGUGCAGAUUUGCAGACCAGACAGCUGUCCAGCUUCCACCCCAACGAAGGCUCAUAGGAAAACAGUGCAUGUGCCUGGUGGAUCUGGAUCGAGCAAGAGCUGCAGAAGAACGUGGCUACUCCGUUCAAGUGAUAUCCAUGGAGCCAGAGAGCUGCUCUCCCAAAAAUAACAUGAUCGUGGGAGUCCCCGUUUAG